CUUGGGUUGGUCUUUUAGAAAAAAAAAAUAAAAAACUUAGCUACUAGUUUUCAGACCACGCCCUUUUUGCUGCUUUUCGUCCUGCACUCAAGUCAAUUGCGUCUCGUGUUCUGCUACAGGAGAAAUCAAAUCGGUUCUUUUUACCGAAAAACGAUUAUGUGCACACGAGAGGGCAAUGGCGGAGGCCGGCGCACUUGAAGAACUCCAGUCGGAACUCACCUGUCCAGUGUGUCUGGAGAUCUUCCGCGAUCCUGUCAUUCUCGAGUGCGGACACCACUUCUGCCAGGUUUGCAUCGUUCAGUGCUGGGAAGCCAAGGCGGAGGAGCUGUCAACUUGCCCCAAGUGCCGCAAAACUUGCGCGAAGAAAUUACGGCCCAACUCGCUGCUGUGUAACGUAGUCGAAAGCGUGCGUCGAGCCAGGGCCAUGGACGCCGCCGGUGGGGGCGGUGCGCCGCCGCCGCCCGGCUGGGACGCCGAAGGUCCACCGGAGGAAUUGGAGGAGCGGGAGCCAGGGUCCAGUAUGAGCAGUGUCGCCUCGUCCGUUGGCCACUGGCCGCGCAUGUUCGGAAUAGAUAUGUGCGAGGAACAUGAGGAGAAACUCAAACUUUACUGCGAGGACGACCAGUUGCCGAUAUGUCUGGUUUGCGGCAUGUCCCGGGACCACAAGACACACAACGUCAUCCCCAUUAACGAGGCAUUUGAGAACUACAAGAAUAAACUGUCUGUGGCUCUGGAGAGGGUUCAACAGCAGUCUGAGGACGCCUCACACUUCCAAAAACAUACCAAUGAAAAAAUCCUUCUGAUUAAGGAGCGAGCUGGGGAUCUGGAAGAGAUGGUGACUGCAGAGUUUGGCCGUCUGAGGGAGUUCCUCCAAGAGGAGGAGGAUCGCAUCAAGCAGAAACUGCAAAAGCAAAAGGAGGAGAAACUCACGGAGCUGGAGGAGGCGCUCACGGAGGCCACGCAGCAAAUCAGCCAGCUGGAAAGCACGGCUGACCAGCUCCGCAUCAAACUGAUGGAGGAAGAAAACCCAGAGCAACUAAAGGGGAUUAAAGAUUUUAUUGGCGGGGCUGAGAGCUUAUUUGAGCGCCCCCCAGAGGUGAGUGUGGAUCUGCAGUCAGGAGAGUUUUUGGGACCAUUGCAAUACCGGACCUGGCGGAAAAUGAGCACCAUUUUUCGGCCAGCUGUAACGGCAGUGUCAAUGGACCCAAACACGGCCUACCCUUGCCUGUGGGUUUCCUUAUGUCGCACCAGCGUCCAAGUGGGCAAAAUCCAGCCCAAUCUGCCAAACAACCCAGAGCGCUUCACUCGCUACAACAUCGUCUUGGGCACGGAGGCCUUCUCCACGGGCAGACAUUACUGGGAAGUGGAGGUGGGGUCCAAAACAGCGUGGGGUCUCGGCGUGGCUCGCGCUUCUGUCAACAGAAAGGAUGAGAUUAACCUUUGCCCCGAGGAUGGUUUCUGGACCGUGGUGCUGAGAGACAAUGGAGAUGGCACCAGCGAGUACGAAGCGUGCACGGACACGGAAGAGGACAGCUUGUUAUAUCCUAUUAAACCCCCUAGGCGGGUGGGGGUCUACCUGGACUACGGGCGAGGUGAAGUGGCUUUUUAUGACGCUGGAGAUAUGAGCCACCUUUUCACUUUCUAUGAUGCCAAAUUUAAUGAGCCGGUCUACCCAUACUUUAAUCCCUGGCCCAUUAUUAAUGGCUACAACUGGGAGCCACUGACCAUUGUCUCGCCACACUGGGGAUAGAUAAGUCAGCACAGGUAUUAAGAAAACCUUGCUAAUCAUUCAGUGAAUCUUGCAUAUUUGCAUUUUACCAAUUCAUGCAUCUUUGUGGGGUCCAUAAUUUACUUACUGCAGUUUUGUGAUCAAGCAGACCAAAGCAAUAACAGUAUUUGGGGCACCUUCUGGUUGCAACGUGGUGCUUAGCUUCAUUUAGUCGUUGACAUCGUCUGGCAUCUAUAACCAAAUACGGUAUGAACACUAUUCGGGACAGCUUUCAGUUAGUUCCUAAAGCAAAGGGGUUCUUUGUGAAUCGCAUACAUAAAAUUAGAAUGCAAAGAUAAAAGCAAAUAUUGCAUGAGAAAGGACAAAGAUUGUUCCCUCUUGGACUCAAUGUUUGCUAUUACAGAUAGUCCCCGGUUUACAACGUACCCGACUUAUGUGAUUUGGACUUUACAACUUUAUUUUUCUUAUAAUGUUGACUUUUGUUUUGUGAUGCAUGCUUUUAUAAUGGCACAGGAAGCAUAGAGCAGGUAGUACUAAUGGCACGCGAGUAAGAGCGCAUAUUGACACGAAGAAGAACGUAUUUGCGUGCAUGAAGAAGAGCGCGCAGGCACGCGCACACACGAGGAAGAGCGCAUUUUUUCCCACAAAGAAGUUGCGCAGCCGAGUGAGAGAGUCAGAGAGAGAGAGGGAGAGAGAGAGAGGGCGGGGGAGCGCAUUUGUUGCUUGUGAAGCAUCCCAGGAGGCAACAUAUAUAUAACACCUUUUGUACUGUUUAUUGUGCGUUUUCAAUUGUGGUCGAAUACUUGGGGUGUGAUAGUUUUUGAUGAUGGGCAGAUGCUAACUGAUGGAUGCUAAUCGUUUGUGUGUAUUGUUAUUGCUGUAUCAGCAGCUAGUUAUAAACGCCAAUUUGAAUUGCUGUUAUUGAAGAUGAAACUGAUUUAAUUUCAUUUUUAUUUUAGUUACAUUCUGCAAGUGUUGAUGUCAUGAGAAGCUGAAUAAAGUCAGCAAACCACACGGAUGUCUGACAUCGUCAUUUCGGAGUUUAAGCUCACUGUCUAGCUAGGACCUAGCUCCAAUAUCCUGGCGAGGACAGUACAAUGACGUUUCAUACACACUUUUGGAUAGUUAUUUUGAGAUUUAGGGGGUAUUUAGGGGUACUGAAAGGGUUAAUUCCGAUUUAUGACUAAAUUCAAUGAUAUUCCCUUGACACACACAUACACACACACAUCCCAAAACUCAUUAAAUGGGCAGAUAACACCUAAUUAAAAUGUGCAAGAUGUGAAAGAUGGUUGCUCAAGGUAUUUAAUUAUCUAAAAAAAAAAAAAAACUAAUUUCUUGGACCACAACAAUAGAAAAAGUAAUGUUUAAAACACAAAAAAAAAUUAGACGGCUUAUGAGCAGCCUUUUUGUGACGUCAGUUUUAUACCCACGGAUAUAAACACUGAUAAACUCGAACACUGUUGCAUGUGACCAAAAAGGGUACUACUGCCGUUACGAGGAAAGGUGUCAACUGUUUUUUUUUUGUCCUCACUUGAAAAUUGGCAGCAUUUUUUUCCCAACUUUGCUGACAGGGGUAUACAAAAUAGAGCCCUAGGGUAAGACCAGAAAGAUUUUGGAAUAUGAGGAACAAUUUUCGUGCAAUAGAUGAAUAAACUUUGUGUUUUGUUUAUACUCCAAUGCUUAAGUAUCUAAUCUCUUUCAUGAAAGAUGUUGAAAAAAAUGAUUGUAUAGAACCAUAGAAAAAUAGCUACAGUACAUUAGAGAUAUUUUAUUAAAAUGUUCCUAGCUAUAUGUAUGUUGCUGCCAGAAUGCGAACAGAACUGACUUUUAACAACUGCAAUAAAUUUUCUUUUACGGUUUUUCUCAAUUGCUUUGGUACGUUUCUCAGAUCAGAAUUAAAAUUCUCAAAAGUACUUGUUCAAUCCUCACAACAUGUCGCACAAAGAGCAAAACAACAUGGAUUACCUGCAAAAUUUUUGUGCAAAAUACUAAUGAGCAUGUCAGUGCUGUCAGAAUGACAAGUCCUUGUUUGACUGUGUACAGACAAGACAGUCAAAUGGCUUAGUCAUGCUCUCAAUUGAACAGUUACUCUAGUGCAAAGCUCUGAUGCUGAAGAUGGUGUACGUUCUAAAGUUUUGAUUUAAAAAAAAAAAAUCGCAAAUUACACCUUUGUGCGUGGGAGAUUGAUUGCAUGAGACUUGACAAGAUUCAGAUUACACAUUUAUUGUUUUUAGAAUUUCUUGACAGACCAUGUCACUGUGAUUCAGAAAGCAAAAGACUGCACUGAGUAUCACAAAGAAAAACAAAAGCAAAAUUGGAAGUGUGAACAUAAGACAAUGGGCACAACUAAACUUUGAGUGCUACAUGUCGGGAUUUUUUUCCCCAUUCUUUCUACACAUUAUGACAUUCUUGCCUAAUGGACCACAAGUUUUCAUCCACGUCACAAUGGAUGUCCUCUCUUGCUAUACAGUGUAGAAAGAAUUUUCUUGAAUACCCUAUCCAGCCUGUGCAGGCAUCUGCUGUAAUGUCACUGUAUGCUGCAUUCAUGGCAUCCAGAAAAGUCAACUGAGUGUGAGGCUGGCGAUCAUACACUUGCCAUCUCCAUGUGGAGAAAAAUUAUUCUAUGGGAUUGAGGAAUCGGGAAUAUGGUUGGAGGAACUCCAUCACCAUUCUGUUGUGGGUUGCAAACCAUUCCAUGAUUAUGUUGGAGUAGUGGAAACCCACAUUGUCCCAAACUAUCACAAAUUUUGGCAGGUUAAGAUAAGUAACGAAAAUGCUUACAAAUAAGCACACACAUGUUGACAUAUUCUGACAACAUGUUCAUGCAUUUAGCACGUAAAGACUUAUGCAAUGAGGUAAUGACUAAAUGUUGUGGGUGGGGAGACUAUUCAAUAGAGACCCAUGAUCAUCCAGUUUGACCAUCAUGACAAAUGCAACUGAUAAUGUAGGACACAGCAGAGAAUUGUACAAAAUCAUUUGCAUGGAUGCACAAAAACAUCUACAACUUGCUCAAAGAAAUGAGAAACUGCUUUUUUGAUGUGCACUAGGGAUACGAUGUUGUGAUGAUAGAACAGAUAGUUUUGAGAAUUUCAGUUCUGAUCUGAGAAACGCACCACAGGAAUUGAGAAAAACUCAUAAGAGGGCAGUUUUUUGUAACUUUUUGUAAAUACGUAUAUAUAUUUUAUGACACAUAAAUGGCAGAGUUGUAACAAAAUGCAUUGUUAAGGUUAUCGUACUGUUUCAUCCUACAACCGUGAAUAACUUCUCAAUCAUCAGUUGAAAUAGAUGCCACUUAAUGUGAAACACCAUUUGUAAAUAUGAGCUUGUUUUUCAGUGCCAGCUUGAUAUAUAUCUGUUAGCGGGGCCAAUUGGAUAUCUUUCACCUGUAAUACAAACAAAUAAAUAAUGAGAACAAUGUGUCUGCCCUGGAUGAGUCACUUAUUCAUGACUGUUUGUAUACUCCCUUUAUUGGCUGCCAGGGUUACACAUAGUGUCUUGAUCUCUAAUUAGAUAUCAUUGCAAG